CCGAUUUGUUUGUAAACAUUUUUUGUGCACUGAAGAUUCGAGCACUUUGGGGUCACAGUUGAUUUGGUUUGUUUGCCGAAUCCGGACCGUCAUUCGUCAUCAGUUGAAAAAGACGCCUUGUCUACGAUGAAGAUAACAAUCAAAUCAAUUUACUGCCCGGUUACGUUCAACGUCGAGCCCUCGCACACGAUCGCGAUGGUGAAGGCUCUGUUUUUGAACCACAAAGGGAUCUCGGCCAGUCAGCAGCGUUUGCUGCACAACGGGACGAUCUUGGAGGACGACAAAACGUUGCAGCACUACGGGAUCGGCGAUGGGACAGAAAUACACCUGGCGUUAAAAAUUGGGGACUAAAUUUUGAAAUGUUUGAUGAUAGCAAUGAAUUCUGUUUCAUGCAAAGUGCAUUUUAAGUAAACAAAUAUUGAAUAAAAUAAUGAAUUGACUUCUCACAAGAAUCAUUGAAACACAAAAAAAAAAUGCAGACGAAUUAUGUAAUUUGUCGUUUUCUUAGGUUAUGAAAACCGUUUUUUUUAAUGCUGCAAAACAAUAAUUUACUUGACUA